ACACUCUCUUUUUCAUUCGAGUGCGCGUUUUGAGCUGUGUGCGAGAUAUGUAGUGCGCGAUCAAAAUACGAGUAAGAAAAUAGAUCUGUGCACGAUUCGUCGUUCCAACGUAAACUGCACUAAUUGCGUCUUUUUCUUCCGCAGUCCGAGUAUAUAUUUGUUAUAUACGUGUAAUCUAACAAAUUCCAGAUAAUAGAAACAAAAUUAUAACGUAUAUACAUCUUGCGAUGUUUCUGUUUUAUUCUUUUAUUCUCCAUUCAUUCUUGAGUAUUUGCUUGUUUGAUCAUACGUGAGGCAUGUGAUGUACGCUCAGAAUGAGAUAGAUAUAUAUGUAGAUUUGCAUCCAGGAGAGAGAGAAGGAGGAAAGAUUCAAAGAGCAAUUAGAUGUACAUAUUCAUAAUGCAUAAUCGCAUUUGAGUAUAUCUAUGUAUGAUAACGAUCAAAUGUGCUGAGUAAUUGUGUUUUUAUAAGAAAGAAACGCACGAUGGCAACUGUUAGUAACUUGAUCAAGGAUUUGCCAAAAGGACCACUGGAUGCUUAUAGAAGGCGUGCAACGUUUGACUGGAAAUCGUUCAAAUUAGCCUUAGAAGGAGAAGCUCGUGUGCUGUAUCAGAACAAAUUAUGGGAAAUUGUCAGGACCAAUUCGGUAUUUCAAAGGCAGACAGGAUUAACACUGGAUCAACUACGAAGACGUGUCAACACCCAAAUGCGUGUACUCCAUGAGAACGGCAUAGAUCCAACGCAAAAUCAGCAUGACUUCUCUUGUCUCUUUCAAUAUGAUGGAUCUUUAAUAAUAAAAAUAGGCAUUACGUAUGGCAUGGUACCGUCUACAUUAUUAGCAUUAGGUACCGAGCAACAUUAUGAUCUUCUCGGUGAAUUUGGGAGCGGAAAUUACACCUGCUGUUUUGCGCUGACCGAAAUUUCCCACGGAACCAACGCAAAAGGCAUAAGGACUACGGCAACUUAUGAUGUCGCAACAAAAAGUUUCAUUUUUCAAACACCUGACUUUGAGGCUGCUAAGUGUUGGGUGGGUGGCUUAGGAAAAUGUGCUACGCACGCCAUCGUUUUUACGCGGCUGAUCACACCAGACAGAAUAGAUCGUGGUCUUCAUGCUUUCGUUGUGCCAAUUCGCGAUCCAGACACUCAUCUUCCUUUUCCCGGCGUCACUGUUGGUGACUUGGGUGAAAAGUUGGCACUUAAUGGAAUAGACAAUGGGUUUGUAAUGUUCAACAACUAUUCUGUGCCGCGCAAAUGUUUGCUGAAUCGUACCGCAGAUGUUACGGAGGAUGGACAAUAUAUACACACUAUAAAGGAUGAAAGAAAAAGAUUUGGAUCAUCGUUGGGUGCACUAUCCUCAGGCCGUGUCACCAUAACUGUGAUGUGUGCGCAAUAUAUGAGCCUUGCAUUGACAAUUGCUAUACGUUACUGUGCAGUUAGGAAACAGUUUGGUCCUACUGAAAACAAUGAAUUGCCAGUUAUAGAAUAUCAAACGCAGCAAUUGCGAAUCCUUCCUCAUUUAGCCUCGACAUAUGCGAUAAAGAUUUUUUCGAAUGUAUUUUCUCAUAUAAUGUUGGAAUUUAAUCAAAAUCGCUUAUUGGGAGACGGUCAAAGUGCCAACGCCGAGUUAGGAGUAGAGAUACACGCACUGUCAUCCGCGACCAAAGCGUUGUGCUCGUGGACCGCUCGUGACGCGAUACAAGAUUGCAGAGAAUCGUGCGGUGGACACGGCUACUUGCAAAUGUCGCGUCUGGGUGACUUGAGAGCUGAAAAUGAUGCGAACUGCACGUAUGAAGGAGAAAACAACGUGCUUAUUCAGCAAGCAAGUAAUUGGUUGUUAAGCCAGUGGAUUAAUGUGAUGAAUGGGCGACCUGUACCAUCCCCGCUUGGUUCUGCGAGCUUCCUUGUUAAUGCACAACAGAUACUCAAUAAGAAAUUUAAUCGCACUACUAUACAAGAUACGCUGUUACCUGAAAAUUUGCUCCAAGACUUCGAGUGGUUGGUGUGCUAUUAUCUGAAAAAGACAUAUCUUUGUGUACAAGAUCUUAAAUCGAAGGGAAUGUCCGACUUUGAAAUAAGAAAUGACUCCCAAGCAUUUUCGGCGCGCACAUUGUCCCUCGUAUACGGAGAACAUGCUUUGAUGUUAUACUUUAUCCGAUGUUUGCAAGACUCAAAGUGGAAAGCGAAUGAACGAGAGGUAUUGAGAAAAGUAUGUUCCUUAUACGGAGCCGUGACAUUGGAGAAGAGACUGGGAGACCUGUACGGCAGUGGUUACGCCUCUCCUAACAGUAAUGUCGACAACUUUUUGCGGGCAGGAAUUGUAAUGCUCUGCAAAGAUUUGGUUAACGAAGCCGUUGCACUGGUUGACGCUCUGGCACCACCAGAUUUUGUUCUUAAUUCUGCUCUCGGGAUGUCUGAUGGCGAGGUAUACAAACACAUGAAAGAGUGGAUAUUCAAAGACAAGGAAAACUUGGAACGUCCGUCAUGGUGGAAGGAAAUCCGAGCCAAAUUGUGAUCCAGUAUGAAUACGAGAGAAACGUCUUCACUUCUUUUCUGUAAUACCCUUUUUUAUUGGUUUUGGGAUAAUACCUUCGAAAUGCAAAAAUAUAGUACACAGAUAUACAAUACAAAUGUUGCUCAAUCUACGGAAUUGUAGAUAUCGAUAUCUGGCAAUUGGAAUAAUUCAUUAUAUGUUAAUUUGUUAUUAUCAAUUGUUGUUAAGUUUCUCGUAAUUGAUAGCUGUUGUUAUUAAUACAGCAAUUGUUAUUAAAUUUAUAACGUGGCAAUUGAUACAUGUACACAUUUUGUAUUUCUAGUUAAAAAGACAAUUGAGAUAACAUGAGACAAUAUAUGAGUUUUUACGUAUAUUUAAGCUGUAUAAUAAAAUUGUAUAGAUUUUUA